UCUCCUCACUUCACACCACACCACACCACACCACUGCACUCGGCUACUUAUUAGCCAGCUGUUCUUCUUCGCUAAAAGUACAAACACAACAUACCCCUAGUAAAGUAGUAAGUGUUACCAAGUCAGUGACAGAUGGAGAGGAUGGUGAUGAGUCUGGCCAGGAGGAACAGAUCCCUCUUCCGAGCAGGAGGAGGAUCAAGCCUCAUCAGCAGCAGCCGGGUCGUCUCCGGCUCCGGCGCCGGCGGCUCGUCGUCUAGCUUCUUCUCCACUCAGCAGCAGCCGCACGAAGAUCCAGUGCUCAACAUCAGGGACACUGCCGCCCACCUGAUUGGCCGGACGCCGCUGGUGUACCUGAACAAGGUCACGGAGGGGUGCGGCGCCCGGAUCGCCGCCAAGCUCGAGUUCCUGCAGCCCUCCUUCAGUGUCAAAGACAGGCCUGCGGUUUCCAUGAUUGAAGACGCAGAAAAGAAGGGGCUGAUAACCCCAGGCAAGACGACGCUGAUCGAGCCCACGUCCGGGAACAUGGGAAUCGGCCUGGCUUUCAUGGCCGCGCUCAAAGGGUACGAGCUCGUGCUCACCAUGCCGUCCUACACCAGCCUCGAGAGGAGGGUGGUCAUGAAGGCGUUCGGCGCGCAGCUCGUGCUCACCGACCCGGCGAAAGGGAUGGGAGGGACGGUGAGGAAGGCCACCCAGCUCUACGAGGACCACCCUAGCGCCUUCAUGCUCCAACAGUUUGAGAAUCCUGCCAAUGUCAAGGUACACUACGAAACGACUGGUCCGGAAAUAUGGGAGGACACGCUUGGGCAGGUUGACAUCUUCGUCAUGGGGAUCGGGAGUGGCGGUACCGUCACCGGUGUCGGCAAGUACCUCAAAGAGAAGAACCCCAAUGCAAAGAUCUAUGGAGUUGAACCUGCUGAAGCAAAUGUUCUAAAUGGUGGCAAGCCAGGGCCUCACCUCAUCACUGGAAAUGGAGUGGGAUUCAAGCCAGAUAUUUUGGACAUGGAUAUAAUGGAUAAGGUUCUUGAGGUGAAAGGUGAGGAUGCUGUUAAGAUGGCGCAACAGUUGGCAGUGAAAGAAGGUCUUCUGGUGGGGAUAUCAUCAGGAGCAAACACGGUGGCGGCCAUCGAACUCGCGAAGAGGCCAGAAAACAAAGGGAAGCUCAUUGUGACUAUUCAUCCGAGCGCGGGGGAGCGAUACUUAUCGUCGGCGCUGUUCGAGGGUUUGAGGAAGGAAGCUGAGGCUAUGCAGCCAGUGCAAGUGGACUAACUUGGACCUAUGGAAUGAAUGCAUACGGAACAAAAUUCACCGCGUGCCAUGUUGCAAGUGCUAGUUGUAUUGUGCCUCAUUUGCAAUCUUCAAUUUGUGCCCAGUGUGGACCUUUUGUAAACAACAAUUAGAAAUGGUUGAAAAGGGACUUUGCUUUUA